UUCUUGGGGGUAGACUUGCUCUGGUCUCAGAGAGUAGUAAUUCAAUUCAUUGGAGAGAACUGUUCAACUCCAAUCAUUGAAUCAUUUAUUACUUAAUUUCCCAGUUUUCAUAAACUAACUGAUUUGGAAAUAUAAUCUUCAUUGCGCAUCAGAUCAAAUCUAUUUCUGUCGAACUCGCCGUCAAAAUCUAUAUCAUUAACCGAUGUUGUAAAUCUGCAAUGCAUCAGGAAGCGAAAUAUGGAAGAGAUACUGUUUUCAAGAAAACUUGAGAGCUGACGGUUGAUAGUGUGACCCUUUGUUUUUAGGAAAUCCCCCAAUAGGAAUAUAUGCAACCAGUUCCCUGGAGAUCUGGGAAGAAUGAAUCCAUCGAGUGACCAAUGUCCCCAUUCAACUGUUUCAUUAUUGGUCAUAUUCAUUUCCCUGACUUCCUCACUUUUCCACACUCAGCCUGCUUGAGUAGCGUCUGAAAGAUUUCUGCUGUUGCUGCUUUCCGAGGAAUCCUAUUUCGUGUUGCUACUUGCGCAGAUGCACGGUUUGCUUUAAAGAUGUUCCUGAACCUGCUCUCCAUUUCGCACAUAUUGUGUUCUCAGUUUUAACUAACUGAAAUGGUUCUUGAUGAUCCCGGAAUAUUAUGCCACAUAAGUCUUAAGACAAGAACACUUCGGACCUUUCAACAAUGUUUACCACAGAAAAGACAUUAUCUGCAUGGGCGUGGGUAACGUUUUCAAUAAGCUCAUUUAUUGUUGAAGGUGGAUUAUCAAUACAUUGCCAUGAUGCUCAGUCUACUUCAAAAGUGGUCCAGCUACAUUCAACUCUGUCGCUGGCUUGUGCAUUUCGAAAGGAGUGCUUUGAAUCGUUAGAGGCAAAUGCAAGUCUUAUAUUCUGGAAAAUGAAUGAUACCAAAAUGACACAAGAGCAAUAUCAUUUCAAUGAGACCGUUUCGAUUGUAACCAUAAAGCAUUUUGAUGCAGUGAAGGGAUAUUUGACAUGUCACAUUAAUAUCAAAGGAGCACCGAACAUCCUCCACCGAUUUACUAUUAAAGCAGGAUUGCCACCUGAAAAGCCAAAAAACAUUUCCUGUGUUUCAUACCGAGAGAAAAAUUUUACUUGUUCCUGGGAUCAAGGGCAUGAAACAUUUAUAGAGACUAAUUUUACAUUACUUCGAAUAAUAGAAAAAAAAGGAAAUGAUACCUGCAUGAACUCAAAGAAGAACACAUGCUCCUUUCUUUUCCCACGUAUACACAUCUCUGGACAUCACAAAAUGUUUGUAAUGGCGGAGAAUGCUCUUGGCCGGGCUUGGUCUGAUCCUUUAAACCUGGAUGUCUGGCAAACUUACAGAACCGGACCUCCGCAGCAUUUAAGUGUUUUCUCUAUCCGGGGCCAAAGCGGAUCUCUACUGGUAACCUGGCUAAAUCCCACAGCGCUGUUGCCAGAUGUUGGUUUACUGUAUAACAUCCAAUACAAAAUGGUCGGUGCCACCAAAUGGAUUCAGGUAACAGAAAAAGAAGAAAUUAUUAAUAAAUCGUUUGUAAUUAAGAAUCUCAAACCCUUCACUAAUUAUACAGUAGCUGUGCGAUGCAUUGGUAAGGAGCAGACCAAGUGGAGUGACUGGAGUUCCAAAGAAACUGGAUUAACUGCUGAAGCUAAACCAUUGGCAGCACCAGAACUAUGGAGACAAAUUAAACAUCCUGAUUCUCAGGGGAAUAAAGAGAUACAUCUUCAAUGGAAGGCUUUGAACAAGUCCAAAGCAAAUGGAAUCAUAUUGGGAUACAGGAUACGGUCUGAGAAACAAACCGAUCACACAGUGAUACAAGAGGAUAACACAACAUCUUUGAAUUAUUCCUUAUUGCUAACAGAUGAAGCAUAUGUUCUUACCGUCGUUGCUUAUAAUUCAGCAGGUGACUCUCCUGAGGCUAUCUUGAAAGUUCCAGCUAUAAACGACACAGAUACACCAAGUGUUCAGUAUGUUAACGUUACAUCACAGAAUAACCGACUGCUCAUACAGUGGACAUCUCCAAUUUGGCCAGAUAAUGGAUAUAUCAUUGAAUGGUGUUUGUUUUUGGAUACAAACCCCUGUGCUGGACCACUGCACUGGCAACAUGAAGAGAACACUACUGAAAUGGCUUAUCUACAUGGGGACUUUGAACCAUUUGUGCGCUAUAACAUCUCUGUUUAUGCCGUGUUCAAUGAAGGUCCAGGAAAUCCACUUUCAACACUAGCAUACCUACAACAAAGCUAUCCAGCAGAAGGCCCAGGUGUCACUCAUAAAAUAAUGGGAACAGAAGCCCUGCUUAAAUGGCAGGAAAUCCCAUUGGAAAAGCGACGUGGGUUCAUCACCAAUUACACUAUCUUCUAUAAAUCUGCCGUGGAUGAAAAUGCUGUACCAUUGAAGCCAAAUGUUUUUGAAUACACACUGAAAACUCUGCAGAAAAGUACUGAAUACUCUGUGUAUGUAAUGGCAUCAACGGUGAAAGGAGGUAAAAAUAGCAGCUUGAUUUUCUUCAAAACAAAUGGGAAUGAGCAAGAAGAAAUCGUGAUGAUCGUGGUGCCUGUAGUCCUCUGCUUAUUGCUACUGAUGAUUGGAGUGUUGGCUUGUUUUAACAACCAACGUAGGAUUAAAAAAUGUUUUUGGCCUGAAGUUGCAGACCCAGCAGGAAGUAGUAUGGCUGAAUGGUUGCAAAAACAACAAACUAAGAAUGCUCAUGUUCUUAAAAUACCGAAUCCUGGGAGCGAAUUCAUCUCAGACUUCAGCACAGUUGAAGACGUAUGCCUGUCUCGGAAAGAUAUGUGCUUAUCCUUGCACACUGCAGUAAUGGAUGGUUCAUCCACCUUGUUUUCACCACAGGAGAGCAUUACCGACGGAACUGAAAUGGACAGGCUGUUGCCACCUGCAGAUUUGGUCAUAUACACAGUCUUGGAGGAAAGCUACAAGAGUCAAGUCCCAGCCAACAGUGUGUUGCCAGAACAGCCGAUAUCUUCAACUGUUCAAGAAACAAACAUAGGGGACCAGGGAUCUGAGCAAAACACAGACGAUGGAGAAGAAGAUAACUGGUGGCAACCAACUACUGAUGAAAAUGACCUGUUGCAACAAAUAAUUAAAGAAAAUCCAUAUUUGAAUAACUCCUCAAAUGUAACAGAGUUGCAAAAUGAACCUGACCCAGGUGGUUCAAUUAAUUCAGAGUUUGGUAAUUCUUCUCAAGUGGACAUGAUAAUGCCUGAAGAUACUGGAACUCUGGAUCAGAACCAGUACAAUGCUCACCAUGACAACUAUCCAGUUAAAUCAGUGCAAACGUAUAUUACCCUGGAAUUACUGGGGCUAAAACUCAACAAAGGAAUAUAAGUGACCAAUCUGCAGGAAAACAUUUUUUUUACCACAGGAACCUCAUAUUUUCAGAAGCACUAACAGAAGAAAUACACAGCUGGGCUGCAGGGAUGUAGAAAAUAGAAAGUUAAUUGAUGUUUCUCCAGAUCUGACAGAACAUUAAUCAAUUCUUGUCACUUAAGGAUUUUUUUCAUAUUUUUAUCUCAAUAUCUGCAGUUGUUUCUUUUUUAUAUAUAGCUAAUUUCUUCACAGUUUAACUGCAACUGUUCCCAAGGAAUAUUUAUGGUUGUCAGAAUUACUACAAAAAUAAUCAUUCAUAAAAAAGACUCCGAUUUAAUUAACAUUUCAGUACCCACCAGCAAUAAAAUCACGGCUUUGGUUCUGUCCCAACAGAUAAACUGGUGAAAAUACUCAGGAACAGCACAAGCAAGAAGCUAAAGCUGAGAAUCUUUUUAUUACUGCACAAUUGCUCGUGACAAUCUAUUCCCUUGCCAGCUGGGCUUAUAUUAUUGCCACGUAAUAUCACAUCAAAGCAUGCGUUACAAUUUAACAAGAUGAUGAUCAUGAAAGUGAUGGGGAAAUUUUUUGGAGCUAAAUAAAUAAAAAGAUUAUGAUUUAUUUGGUUGUAGUGAAAAAGCAAUGGCAAAUAAUAUAAUGGAUCGCAUCCGAAAAUUAUCAGAGUGCAGUUGAAGUAAUAAACCUGUUAUUGGGCCGCUCUUGGGCUGACCCCAGCAACAUCCUCCGGCUAAAAAUGCCUCCAACAAUUUGUCACUUGUCCAGUCCUGACACAUACCUGACUUCCACUGUUCCCUUUGUUACCAUGCCAACAGCUGCCUAGGCCAUACAGGCAGUAAUUCCGUGCCUCAAUCUCUCCACUUCUACCUCUGGUUCUGGUUUUUGCUCUGCUUUUUUUGUGUAAAUGUUGUUUAAUAAUGCUCCUCUAGUGAGCAUUUUGAUUCUGUUAAGUGGCAAGUUCUCCAGCCAGCUGUUGAUUUUCUGUUGUGGAGCAUUGAUCCCAGUCUAACUCACUGCUCAGGUCAUUUAAAAAAAUAUAUAUAUAUUAUUCACUAUAGUUUUCCAAGAACGUUUGAGGAAAUAAGGAAGGAAGGACAUCCCAAAGUAUUUUACACUAAAUAUCUUGCUGUCAAUGCAUAGUCACAGGUGUGAACUUAUGACAUGGGAAGCCUAAUUCAGUCUGGAGUAGUGGGUUUCCCUUUAAAAGGGGCUGGUCAGAGACUUACCAAAAAACCAGCCUACUUCAGCUAAAGGGCUAUUGCAGCAGGUUGCGAGGGAGCGCCACCACCUGCAAGUUCCCCUCCCUGUGAGAUGCCUUCCUGACUUGUAAAACAGAUUGCAGAUUAUUAAACCACUAUUACCACUGUGCCUGACUGUUGGAACGUUGCAGCAGUAUCUUCACAGACGGCCUUGCUGUGGUGCUCACGUGUACAUGAACACAAAUAACUUGUGUUAUCAAGCCGAAACGAAGGCAAUGAAAAUCUAGUCCAAUGGUUUUUUUGUAUACUUAUUUUGACAUUAACACUGGAAAUAUGCACAUAUGUGAUAUGAUGGAUAUACAUGAAUCGCCUAUUUGCUCAUUUAUUUUUGCUACAAUUCUGCUGAGCCAUUCUGUCCCAGAAUGAUCUGGGACACUGAGUUAUUUGAUAUUAAACAGAAGAGUAUUAUUGUCCUCUGCAUUCAUGGGAGAGUUUCUGUUUCCGGUGCAGUCACAUGAACUUUGUAGGAAGGAAGAAGUGUGCUUGUGGACUGGAGCAGCCUGAGUGUACGAAUGGCCCACUGACAUCUAUUGGCGACACAGGAUAGAACAUAUACCAAAGAACAGUGCGGUGCAAGAACAGACCCUUUGGUCCACCACAUGAUGGCCAACCAUGAUGCCAAUCCAACUAUUCCCAUCUGCCAGCACAUUAUUAUAUCCCCCUAUUCACUGACUGUUCCUAUGCUUGUCUAAACACCUCUUAAACAUUGAAAUUCUAUCCACUUUACCAUUUUCAGGCAUCUAAUACUCUCUGAAUUAAAAAAAAAAACUGCUUUGUACACUUCCUUAAAACUUACCCCUUUCACUUUAAAUCUUUCAUUCCUCCCUUUCAUUUAUAUAGCACUAUAAAUGCCCUCUGGUAUUUUGUAUUUCCACCCUAGGUGAGGAAGUCUGAAUAUCUAGCUCAUCUAUGUCCCUCAUAACUUUAUACGCUUCUGUCAGGUCGUCCCGACGUUCUAGCGAACACAAUUCAAGUUCCCCCAACCUCUCCAGGUAACCUCUUCAGCACCCUCUCCAAAACCUCCACAUCCUUUCUACAGUGUGGCACCCAGAACUGCACAGAAUACUCAAAAUGCAAUUUAAUCAAAGUUUUAUAUAGCUGCAACAUGUCCCGUUUAAUGCUUUACUGAAGUCCAUGUAGACAACAUUCAAUGCCCUAACUUUGUCAAUCACUUACUGAAAAAACUCAAACAAAUUUUCGAAACUCUUGUACAAAUUUAUGCUGACCAUCCCAAAGUCCAUGUUUUCCAAAUGCGGGUAAAUCUUGUCCCUUAGAAUCUUUUCCAAUAAUUUCCCUAACUCAGAUGAAAUACUCACGUACCUAUAAUUUCUUGGUUUGUCUCUGUAACCCUUAGACAUAGAGUCAUACAGCACAGAAACAGGCCCUUCAGCCCAACUUGCCCACACUGACCAACGUGUCCCAUCUACACUAUUCCCACCUGCCUGCAUUUGCCCCACAUCCCUCUAUCCAUGUACAUGUCUAAAUGUUUCUUAAACGUUGCGGCAGUAAAUGCCUCAACGACCUCCUCCGGCAGCUCGUUCCAUACAUCCACCGCCCUUUGUGUAAAAAAUGUACCCCUCAAGUUUUCCCCGUCAUCUUAAACCUAUGUCCUCUGGUUCUUGAUUCCCCUCCUCUGGGCAAGAGUAGGGGAAUCAAGAGCAUUUACCUAAUCUAUUCCUUUCCUGAUUUUGUACAUCCUUCUUAAACAAAAGGAAAGCAUUGGCUAUACUUCUGUCUUCUGGGACCUUGAUGGUGGCUAAAGGGAAUAUAAAGAUCUCUGCCAAGGACUCAGCAACCACCUUUCUUGCCUUUCUCGGUUUCCUGGGAGAGAUCCCAGCAGGUGAACUUAUCCACCUUAAUAUUUUUGGUGGACACCUAGCAGCGCCUCCUUCUUGAUAUCACCAUGCUCUGGAAUAUAACCUGCCCCUUGUUGAUCUCACAUUCAUCCGUGCACUUCUCCUUGGUGAAUACCAAUACAAAGUAUUUAUUAAAGAUUUCACUAACUCAGAAAUCAAUCAUAAAUUCCCUCAUUUAACCUUGAGGGACCUUACCCUUUCUCCAAUAUAACAAUGAUCAAAUAUCCAUUUAAGAUGGCCUGCAUUAAGGAAGAAAUGACCCAAGUCCCUUAUCCCCUCUUUCCCAACCCCCAUUUCCUCUACCACCCAUAUCCCUCCCUCCGACUUUACAUUUCACUCCUCCUCUUCGUUCCUUGGUUGACAACCUUUUGGCUCCUUUUCAUGUCUAUCCUUUGUCACUAUCUCCAACCUUCUGCCAAUCAGCCCUCUUACCUAUAUUCACCUAUCAAUUGCCAGCCUUCAUCCUACCUCGCCUACAGUAAGGCUGGCAAGUAACGUUACCUGUCCAUUCCCUCCUCAGAUGCUGCCUGAUCCGCUAAGUUCCUCCAGCACUUUGUUAUUUGCUGAAGAUUCCAGCAUCUGCAGUUUCUUGUAUCUCCACCUCAGACUAUCCUGCAGUCCAUAGAUGGGAUUCAUGUUUGAAGUAUACCCAGUGGGAGGUGGCAGCCAAUUUAUUCUCGAAGAAAGCAGACUCAUAAAUGACCCUCUGAACUGCUUUCUUGAGAUGAAGGAAGGAAUAAAUGGUGGCCAGGGUAUUAUCCUUGAUCCUCUCCAUGUUCAGGUAGGGCAGGGAAUCUCACAUGUCCAACUGAUAGGUUAGACAGAGCUUUAGUUUAAACGCUGGAUAAUGUCGUAUCUCCCGGGUUGUUGAGGAACUAGCGUGGAUUAUGUGCUCGCCUCCUGGUGUGACUCACUCACUGAUGCUACCACUGUGCCACGCCAGACACAAUGUAGUUUUGCCUGACCCGCUGAGUUACUCCAGCACUUUAUGUCCAUCUUUGGUAUAAACCAGCAUCAGCAGUUCUUUGUUUCUACUACUUGAUGUACUUUUGAUCGUGUGCGUAAGAUUUUUAAAUCUUACUUUCACUGAAAAAGAGAAACAAGUGGAUGCAAGAGUUUGCUUCAAAUAUAUCCAAACCAUUAAUAUAUUUUUAAAGUGAUCAGUGAGGGAAGGAGACAAUGUGCAGAAUGUUACCAAAGAUUAAUAAGGUAAAAGAAUGGUUUAAUUCUGAAAUGAUGACUGGAGCUUUCAAGAGCUGACAGGAGAGAGUCUUCACCUCUGGUGGGAAAAUAAGCAAUUUUGAUCUAUUUGCAGCUCAUUGAUAAACAUGAACAUGAUUUUAAAUACAGUGGAUUUGAAAUUCUAUUGCAUUGGUUUAAGGCAGUGGAUUAAUGGAGGAACAAAUGGGGAAGGGAAGGAUAGAGGAAGGGGAAAGAGCUCAGUGGGGAGAGGAUGAGGUGAGAAUGGAAGGAAGAGGACAGUGGGAAGAUAAUGAGGGAUGGAUGAGACAAUGGAAAGGAGAAAGGACAGCAGGGGGGAAAGCGAAGGGUAGUGAGAGGGAGGGAGGGUGAAGAGAAUGAGAGAGUAGAAGAGAAUACUGGGGAGAGGAAAGUGGGAGAGAAGGGGAUGAUAGUGGAAGGAAAGAAAAUAAUGUAAGGGAAAAUAUUUGGUUUAUUAUUCCGAUGUGUACUAGGAAACUGUGAAAAGCUUUUGUUUGCAAGUCAUCCACUUAAAUCAGAUAAUACUAUACAUGGGUACAAUCAAUCCAUACCCAAGCACACUAUGCAGUUCAAAGGGAAAGAUACCAGAGUGGAUAGUCCAAUACCUGCCAUGAGGUAGGUUGGAAGAUCGGGGCUGCAUCCCAGCUUAUGGGAGGACGAUUCCGCAGUCUGAUAAUGGAGGGCAGGGAGAAGUUGUUCCAUAGUCCAGUGGUAAGCUUCGAUUGAGGCAUUCCUCAGGGGAUAAGACCCCUUUAGGGAAAAUGCAGCGCUAUUUUAUUCUACUGAAAUACCAGGGAGGCACAGUGAUGCAAACGGUAGAGUUACAUCGCCUGAGACCUGGGUUCGAUCCUGACUACGGGUGCUGUCUCUACCGAAUUUGCACGUUCUCCACGUGACCGGCUGGGUUUUCUCCGAGUACUCUAGUUUCUUCUUCCCACAUUCCAAAGACGUACAGGUUUGUAGGUUAAUUGAUGUCGCUAAGUUGGAAAAACUGUCCCUAGGGUGAUCGCUAAAAGUUGCAACAUCCUGCACCGUAAGAUAUUACGCUAUCUGGCAUCUAUCUAUCCAGCCCAUCAAAACAUGAGGUGAGGGGGAAAAAAUAAUGAUUGCUGUGAAAUGAAACUGUUGAAAGCAAAAGCGAGUGUGAUGCCUGUUCAGAAAUGAGCCAGCUGCCCUCUGCUGGUCAGAGAACAAGUCCUAUAAGUACGCCUGGGUCACAAAACUGGAAGAGCCAACCCACAAAUCAGUAUUAAUUUCCUUGUUAGCUUUCCUUCUUCCAAAGUGCACUUGGGCAUGUGGAAUGAUGAUGUGGCUGGGGUAUGGUUAAAAAUAAAUGCUCAUUGUUCAGUUCUAGAAUAUAUAGUAAUGCUGGCAUUCAUUGAAGUAUAUUGCUGCCAAGAUAUAUACUACUUGUGGCUUGGCAUUUAUCCUUAGCUACUUGUGGCUUGUUAUUUAUCCUUAUCCUUCGGGCUUCUUGUUGACCUUGUAAUAAAAAUGGAAUAAAGAAAAUAUCUGAAGAGAUUACAAAAAGCCUUGGUUGUAAUUUUGUAACCGAACUACACCAUGCUAUUUCUCUCAAGGACAAUAAGAUUCAAGGUGCAGGUGAACUGACAUGUUGGGUCUUUUCUAAUUUACAGGUAGAGAAUUAACACUUGGUUGGUCCAUUAAGUGUGGCUGGUGUUUCCUUUCGUCAUUCACAGGGUGUGGAUGUAACAAAUAAGGCAUGAGAUGGACACAAAGUGCUGGAGUAACUCAGCGGGUCAGGCAGCAUCUCUGGAGAAGAAGGAUGGGUGACGUUUUGGGUUGCAACACUUUCUCAGACUCAUGACUCCCACCCGAAAUGCACUCAUCCUUUAUUUCUAGAGAUGCUGCCUGACGUGUUGAGUUACUCCAGCACUUUGUGUCUAUCAUCAGUAUAAAGCAGCAUCUGCAGUUCACCUCUACACAAAUAAGGCCGAUGUUUAUCUGGCCAUUCCUGGUUGCCCAGGAGAAGCUGGUAGUGGGCCACCUUCCUGCGCUUCACAAUUCAUGUGGUGAGGCUCUUCCAAAAUGCUGCUAGAUAAGAUGUUCCAUGAUAGAACUGCUGCCUCAUAGCGCCUGAGACCCAGGUUUGAUCCUGACCUCAGGUGCUGUCUGUGUGGCGUUUGUAUGUUCUCCUUGUGACCUUAUGGGUUCCAGUUUUUUCCCACAUCCCAAAGACGCGUGGGUUUUUAAAAAAAAAUCAAAAUAAACAUUCAGAAUAAAAAAAUAUAUACAAAACACGAACUAUGCAAAAAUUCUUCCAAUAUUCUCAGCAGCUAUACAUACAUUAAUUAGCAUUGUAUUUGGUAGUGUUCAUAGAAAUAUCAUUAUUCCCGGUGUCUCCAUCAGAAACCUGUCUCCUAAUGUGCAGCAGUGGAAGGACCUUAGACUUUGGUCCUGCCCCAUAGAGCCUUGGCAUUGGCUGCACCGAGCUUUAGUGCGUCCCUCAGCACGUACUCCUGCAGUCUGAAGCGGGCCAGUCGGCAACAUUCCCCAAUAGACAUCUCGCACUGCCAGGAUAUUAACAAGUUUCGAGAAGUCCAAAGAGCAUCUUUCACUGAAUUGAUUACCUUGAUGUUGAUGACCAGCAGCAGGUCAUCUGCAAAAUGGGUGGCACAGUGGUGCAGUGGUAGAGUUGCUGCCUUAUGACAGUUCUCUCCCCGUGACCUGCGUAGGUUUUCUCUGGGUUCUUCGCUUUCCUCCCACACUCCAAAUAUGUACAGAUUUGUAGGUUAAUUGGCAUCAGUAAAUAUUGUUAAUUGCCCCUAUUGUGUAGGAUAGUGCUGGUGUACCGGGAUCGCUGUUUGGCCUGGACUCGGUUACCCAAGGGCUUGUUUCUGCACUGUAUCUCUAAACAAAACUAAACUAAACUAAAGAGCACUUGACGUCUGUCAAAUUGCCUCUAGUGUGUGCAGAGCCGAUGAGAAAUUGGGGUUAUAUAUGUCAGAACAUAUAUGGUGGCUCGGUGGUGUAUUGGCCGAGUUGUUGCUUUACAACGCUUGCAGCUCCGGAGACCUGGGUUCAAUCCCGACUACGGAUGCUGUCUGUAUGGAGUUUGUACGUUCUCCCCGUGAUCUAAGUUUCAUCCAGCCAUGCUGAAGGAACAGUGAUACCACUCCAAGCUGCAUUGCAUUAUGUGGAUGGCACACACCACAGCUGGUGGAGGGAGUGAAGAUUUAUUGGGAUGGGUAGGAUGCACUCAGCACACUUCAUUGUCCCAGAAUAUAUCAAGCGGACGAGGAAAGAGGAAGGGGAAAAGGGAUGGAAGAGAGAGGAAGGGAGAAAAAGUGGAAGGGAGGAAUAGUGGGAUGCCUCCCUGCUAGCUGUCUUCUUAAGUCAAGUCAAGUCAAGUCAAGUUUAUUCGCCACAUACGUCGAGAUGUGCAGUGAAAUGAAAAGUGGCAAUGCUUGCGGAUUGUGCAAAAAAAACAUACAAAACAGAAUGGAACAGAAUCUUAUAUUCACA